GUGUGCGUGUGUGUGUGGUGGGAGGAGACGCAGUGGCCCUAGUGCGCAUGCCUCCUCGCCGGAGCCGCAGCGGCGGAGACGUGGUGAAAGAAAGCGAAGCGGCGCGAGACGCGGCUCGAGAUGGAGGGGGACACAACGGGAAACCGCGAGCGCUGCCGCUGAUGCUCUGCGAGACGAACGGGGGCCUUACGCUUUCACCAAAGAGGAUUAAAACAAGAAGAAAAAGAAAAGAAACUGAAAUGAAAACGCAGGGGAAAUAACGGGAAUACGCAAAAAGAAAAUACAAACCGCCAAAGCGACUAUAACAAAACCACAAGGAAGGAAGAGGGAUGAGUACAAUGUUUGUGUGAAGAGAACACUUCCUUUCACUCAUCGCCAACACGUAAGAUAGAUGGUUUCUCCACACGAUUGUCCGUAUAAUGAAUGGUCAGCUGUCGAUGGAGAGUAUUGGCGAUCUGCACGCGGUGAGCCAUGAGCAGGUGUCCUCCACGGAAGAGCUCAUGGGCAGCCACAGCCCACACCACAGAGCCCACCGGAGCAGCCACUUGUCCAGCCACGCGCGCUCCGUGGGCAUGGCCUCCAUCUUAGACACCGGGGACUACCAUCAGCACCGGCCCCCGGACCACGGGCUCGCGGGCCACCUGCACCCGGCCAUGACCAUGGCUUGCGAGGCCCCCCCCGGCUUGAGCAUGAGCAGCACCUACACCACGCUGACCCCCUUGCAGCCGCUGCCGCCAAUCUCGACCGUAUCGGACAAGUUUCCUCACCACCACCACCAUCAUCCCCACCAUCAUCAUCAUCACCACCCCCAUCAGAGGAUCGCUGGCAACGUGAGCGGCAGCUUCACCCUCAUGAGGGACGACAGAGGACUGGGGUCCAUGAACAACAUCUACAGCCCCUACCACAAGGAUGUCGCCGGCAUGGGACAGAGCCUGUCGCCCCUGUCGGGGUCCGGCCUUGGGGGCAUCCACAACUCUCAGCAAGGGCUGCCGCCCUAUGCCCACCCGGGGGCUGCUAUGCCCGCGGAGAAAAUGUUGACCCCAAACGGGUUCGAAGCCCACCACCCGGCCAUGCUGGGGCGGCAUGGAGAUCAGCACAUGAGCGCAUCUUCGGCGGGCAUGGUUCAAAUCCACCACCACCCCCACGCCCACCUCGGCGCACAGAGCCACGGCCAAGCGGUGGGCUCCACCCGAGAAGCAAACCCGCAGGUGAGCGGCGGGGGCACUUCGGGGCAGAUGGAGGAGGUCAAUACCAAAGAAGUGGCACAGAGGAUCACCACGGAGCUCAAGAGGUACAGCAUCCCCCAGGCCAUCUUCGCCCAGAGGGUGCUGUGCCGCUCGCAGGGCACGCUGUCAGACCUGUUGAGGAACCCGAAACCCUGGAGCAAGUUGAAGUCGGGUCGGGAGACCUUCAGGAGGAUGUGGAAGUGGCUCCAGGAGCCCGAGUUCCAGAGGAUGUCGGCGCUGAGGCUCGCAGGUGAGCGACCCCCAGCCUGCAAAAGGAAGGAGCAGGAACAUGGCAAAGCGGAGCGUGGCAGCGUUACCAAGAAGCCCCGGCUGGUCUUCACGGACAUCCAGCGACGGACGCUGCACGCCAUCUUCAAGGAGAACAAGCGUCCGUCCAAGGAGCUGCAGCUCACCAUCUCCCAGCAGCUGGGCCUGGAGCUCAACACUGUCAGCAACUUCUUCAUGAACGCACGGAGGCGGAGCCUGGAUAAGUGGCUGGACGACAGGGGUUCCCACUCCUCCAGCUCCACCUCCUCAUCCAGCUCUUGUACCAAAGCGUGAAGUCAUGGAAGUCAGAGGCCCAAACCUCGGUGGAAAAGCUUUAAAACAAUAACAAUUUUAAAAAUCAAAGACCAGGCCUUCCAGGCAAAGGUUUUAUGCGGCAAGUGCGAAAAGACAGUAAAAGCAUUUGAAGUAUCCAAAGAGAAACCAAAGACCACACUCACCUGCAUCCAGUACUUUUUUCCCGCUGGUUCAAGUUCAAGAACAAGCGUUUUGAAAAAGAAAAAAAAAAAAAAAA